CGUCCGGGCUGCAGGCGCGUUGUUGGUUUCGGGUUGUCAGGCAGCGGAGGCGGAAGAGAGACCCGAGGAGGUGACCACGGUGGAGGUGCAUCUCGGCCAUGCCAGCUGUCGCGGCCUGAGGCUCUCCACCUGCCGCAAUCAUGAAGGACAAUGGUGACUCCAAGGACCAGCAACUCAUGGUGGCACUAAGGGUCCGGCCCAUCAACGUGGCUGAGCUGGAGGAGGGAGCUACCCUCAUCGCUCACAAGGUGGACGAGCAGAUGGUGGUUCUCAUGGACCCAAUGGAGGACCCUGACGACAUCCUGCGGGCACACCGGUCCCGGGAGAAGUCAUACCUAUUUGACGUGGCCUUUGACUUCACUGCCACCCAGGAGAUGGUGUAUCAGGCCACCACCAAGAGCCUCAUUGAAGGUGUCAUCUCAGGGUACAAUGCCACUGUGUUUGCCUAUGGCCCAACAGGCUGUGGGAAGACCUACACCAUGCUGGGCACUGACCAUGAGCCAGGCAUCUAUGUUCGGACCCUGAAUGACCUGUUCCGAGCCAUUGAGGAGACCAGCAAUGACAUGGAAUAUGAGGUGUCCAUGUCCUACCUAGAGAUCUACAAUGAGAUGAUCCGGGACCUGCUGAACCCCGCCCUGGGGUACCUGGAGCUGAGGGAGGACUCCAAAGGGGUGAUCCAAGUGGCCGGAAUCACUGAAGUCUCUACCAUCAAUGCCAAGGAGGCUUCUCUCUAUAGGGUCCCCAAAAAGUCAGCUUGUGUGUCACGCUAUGGCUUUUGA